GUGCUUGAACGUCCACUGUACCAUUACUUUCUCAUACCACCAGCUUUCGAUGGGUGAUCUUGCUAUGACAUCUAUGGUUCACUACUGAGCACGCCUGCGAGUCGUCACAACUGCUAACAAGCUCGCAAGCAUGGACUACGAAGCGCUCAAGGAGCAAUGGUCCGAGAUCGAAGACCGGGAUGGUGUCAGGCUGGCAUGGAAUACUUUCCCCUCCACGCGCAUGGAGGCGAGCCGCCUCGUAGUCCCUAUUGGCGCACUCUAUACGCCGCUCAAGGAGAAGAGCGACGGAACACCUUUACUACAAUAUGAGCCCGUAACAUGUAAGCCACCCUGCCGAGCGGUCCUCAACCCGUUCUGCCAGGUGGACAUGCGAGCGCGGAUAUGGAUUUGCCCAUUCUGUCUACAAAGAAAUGGUCUUCCACCGCACUACAAGGACAUAAGCGAGAAUCAGAUCCCACCAGAGCUGCACCCGGGCAGCACUACGAUCGAGUACAAGCUGUCAAGACCUGCGCCCACCCCACCUAUCUUUGUCUUCGUGGUGGAUACUUGCCAAGAAGAGGACUCUUUGAAGGCGCUGAAGGACAGUAUAAUCAUGUCUCUCGAUCUGCUUCCACCACAUGCGCUCGUCGGCCUCAUCACAUACGGCACUAUGGCGCAAGUGCAUGAGCUGGGCUACGCAGAAUGCGCCAAGUCAUACGUCUUCCGGGGCAACAAGGACUACACCGGCAAGCAGGUGCAGGAAAUGUUGGGCUUGGCAAUGGCGGCGGGUGCAAGACCAGGAAUGCAGCAGGUCCAGCCUCAGCUCGGCCGGCCGGCAGCACCUCCAGUAGGAGGCGCACAAGCGAGGUUCCUGCUACCUGUGCAGCAGUGCGAAUUUCAGCUCACGAACGUGCUGGAGAGCUUGCAGAAGGAUCCGUGGCCGGUUGCAAACGACAAGCGUUCAGUCCGCUGCACAGGCGUGGCGCUAUCUGUUGCUGUCGGCUUGCUCGAGACAUCAUUCCAGAAUGCUGGCGCCAGGAUCAUGCUGUUCACCGGCGGUCCCGCAACAGAAGGGCCAGGCAUGGUAGUCAGUCCAGAGCUCAAAGAGCAGAUCCGUUCACACCACGACAUUGACCGAGACAACAUCAAAUACUAUAAGAAAGCGCUCAAGUUUUACGACGCUCUUGCCAAACGCGCGGCACAUAACGGUCAUGCCAUCGACAUUUUCGCCGGCUGUCUGGACCAAGUAGGUCUUCUUGAGAUGAAAGGCUUACCCAACAGCACUGGCGGCCAUAUCAUCUUGACCGAUUCAUUCACCUCCUCCAUGUACAAGCAAUCCUUCACUAAAGUCUUCGACACUGACGCGGAGGGUAAUCUGGCUAUGGGGUUUAACGCGUCGCUCGAGGUUCUCACGACCAAGGAACUCAAAGUCACCGGCCUGAUCGGCCACGCCAUAAGCCUCAACAAGAAGUCUUCAUCUGUCGGCGAGACCGAAUGCGGCAUCGGCAACACUUGCAGCUGGAAGAUGUGCUCAAUCGACCCCGCCGCCAGUUACGGCAUCUACUUUGAGAUCGCAAGCCAAGGCGGUCCAGCUGCCGCAGCAAUGCAGCAAGGCCAGCAAAAAGGGCUUAUUCAAUUCCUCACCUACUACCAACAUAGCGCGGGCCAAUUCCACCUCCGUGUAACAACAGUUGGACGCAAUAUGUCUGGCCCUACCGGCGACCUCGCCAUCGCGCAGUCCUUCGACCAAGAGGCCGCCGCGGUGCUGAUGUCUCGUAUCGCUGUCUUCAAAGCCGAAGUCGACGACGGCCCUGACGUGUUACGAUGGGUGGAUCGCAUGCUCAUCCGCCUCUGCAGCCGGUUCGCAGAGUAUCGCAAGGACGACCCCUCAUCCUUCCGCUUGGAGAAGAACUUCACGCUCUAUCCCCAGUUCAUGUUCCAUCUUCGGCGGUCACAGUUCCUGCAAGUCUUCAACAACAGUCCAGAUGAGACGGCGUUUUACCGACAUGUGCUGAACCACGAGGAUGUGAGCAAUAGCUUGAUCAUGAUUCAGCCGACGCUGGAUAGCUAUACAUUUGAUCAGGAGGGCGCGGUGCCGGUGUUGUUGGAUUCGACGAGCAUUCAGCCCCAGACCAUACUUUUGCUGGACACCUUCUUCCAUAUCCUCAUCUUCCACGGUGAGACGAUGGCUGAGUGGCGGAAGGCUGGGUAUCAGGAUAUGGAAGGGUAUGAGAACUUCAAGGAGCUCCUUGAGGCUCCCAAAGAAGAUGCGAGGGAACUCAUCCAAGAUCGCUUUCCUCUUCCCCGAUUCAUCGUCUGCGACGCCGGCGGCUCGCAGGCUCGCUUCUUGCUCGCCAAACUCAACCCGAGCACGACGCAUACGAGCAGCAGCUACGGUGGGGUGCAGCAGACGGCGCAGACAAUCUUCACGGACGACGUCAGUCUACAGACGUUUAUGGACCAUUUGAUGAAGCUGGCGGUUAGCGGGACGUCAUAGAAUGAUAGUCCAGGAUUGGAAUUUGGAAUGUACCGAGAAGUCGCCGGCAAGUGUCAUCACGAUUGCGGGAAGCUUGUGUGUGGAUGUCCAAAUGUGCGGCAUGGAAUCCGGCAACAAAUGCUGCAACAUGGAGUGGCAAGUUUUCGGCGGGCUCACCUGAAAUCUAUGGAGUGGUAAGAAAGCGUGGCGUCAAACUGGCUUUGUCGUUAAUGCCGUCUAACUGCUUGUAAACAACAAGUGGUAAUCGACGACAGAUCGACAAGGGAUGUGGGUCUGCGUAUACUGCAGAGAUGAGCCGCGCAUAUGCUGUCGAUCGUUAAUGCCGGCAGAGUUUAGCUUAACGUUCACGCGGAAUCACUUCGGUGCAUCCUGCGUAUACACCGAGCCGUGAUAACGACGUCAGAAUCUGAUUGUAAAUGGCAUACUACCAAGCCUUCCGAGCGCGG